GAUAAUACGAGAGUGGAGUGGCGAGUGAGUAGAAACGAAUGGCUGUGGUUACCAGCCACUUUUUGCUUCCUCCACUCUGUCUUCCUCCCCCUUCUUCUCGGACCGCUUCUCAUUAUUCUGUGUCACCGAGGAGGCCUCCGAUCAUGGCUGCUUCCUCAUCCUCGUCGUCUCUCACGGAUCCGCAGUACGGCGGAGGGCGAAGUAGAUUCAUGGAGUUCCCGCACGUCUCAGCUCCGCACAGAGAUCUUAUGGUGGAGCUCGUGUCAGCGGUGGAGGCGCGCCUUGACUCUUAUCUGCUUCCUUGUACUCUCCCGCCAGAUGUUCAGUACUAUGAGAACCAGAGUGGAACCGCCCAAGCGACUCUCCAUGUCAGAUCCGGCCAUGACUCCUCGCCGAUUGAUUUCGUAUUGGGAAGCUGGAUACACUGUCAGCUGCCAUCUGGAGGAGCACUCAACAUAACCAGCCUCUCCACCUAUUUAAACCCUUCAACAGAUGCACCAAAUUUCCUAAUUGAGCUCAUCCGGAGCAGCCCUACAUCUCUGGUCCUCAUUCUUGAUUUGCCUCCUCGUAAGGACCUUGCCCUUCAUCCAGACUACCUUCAGACUUUCUAUGAAGACACCAAAUUGGAGAGUCGCAGACAACUGCUUGAGAAAAUCCCCGAGUCCCAACCCUACUUCUCAUCCUCUCUUUACAUCCGCUGCAUUGUCUCUCCCACAGCAAUAAUGACCCGGAUAGAAACUGAGGCAGGUGGAGUGGAACGAAUGGAAGAGAUUUUACAGUCUCAUGUUGGACCUGUUGCCAAGGAGGUUUUGGGAAUAUGGCUGGAUCAGUGUGCAUUUGGAGAGAGAGAAGUAGGAGAUUCGGAGAUAUCUUACUUAGAAAAGAGGGAUAGGUUGAUCAGAAGCAAAACGAUCGAGAUUGAUCUUGGCUCAAGCUUGCCUAGGUUGUUUGGGCCAGAAACAGCAGGUAGAGUUUUGGAAGCUAUGCGGGGGGUUUUUAAAUGAUAUUGCGCAUAAGCUAUAAAUUUGUUUUUCAGCUGAACAAAUGUAGUGGUUUAGGGUUUGAAUGUGCAGUUUUUUAUUGAAGUAUUUCUUCUGUAUAUUACUGAGGAAAUAUUGUGAAAGGCAAUUUUGUUGUUGACCUAAAGAAUUCACUUAGAGGGUCUUUGCAUUUUUAUA